UGAUUUCAAUAUUCAGUCUUAUCGUCAUAAUGUCGAGCUUACUGUUAAUCCUACUAUCGUGGCAAGCCAUAUUGUCAUAUGCCCAUGCCCAACAUAAUCUCUGGGCCCAGAAAGUCAGAAGCGAUGAUCCCGGUGAGCCCCUGUUUUUGACACCAUUACUCGAGAAAGGCGACAUCAAGAAAGCCAGGCAUCUAGCCAGAGUAAACCUCAACGAUAGUUUACCAAUCGAGAGCUACACGGGAUUCUUCACCGUCAAUAAGGCUUACGACUCCAACCAGUUCUUCUGGUACUUCCCGAGCAUGUUUCCAGACAAGGAUCAGGCGCCAGUACUCGUAUGGCUUCAGGGCGGCCCGGGCGCAUCUUCGCUGUUUGGCUUAUUCUGCGAAAACGGCCCCAUUACAGAACAAAACGGUCAAUUUUUGCCUAGACAUUACCAUUGGGCUCUGAACCACCACGUGAUUUACAUCGACAACCCCGUGGGCGUGGGAUUCAGCUUCACAAACGACACCAACGGAUACUGCACAGACGAGACGCAAGUCGGCGAACAACUCUAUUCCACCAUCACUCAGUUCUUCCAACUCUUCCCUGAGCUGCAGAAAAACGAUUUCUUCAUCACUGGCGAAUCUUACGCAGGAAAGUACGUCCCGGCUUUCGCUCACACGAUCCACAAAAAGAACUCCAAUGCGAAGACUAAAAUAAACCUUAAAGGGCUCAUUAUUGGCGGUGCUUAUAUAAAUCCUGGCAGUCAGAAUAAUUUCAGAUUAGAUUCAGAACACAAAACAAACUCUAAGAAAUUAGAGAAAUGUGAUCCGCUUCAAGAAGAUGGUGAUAAAUAUGUUGCAGUGUUAAAUAAAAUCGAAGUUCGGAAGGCUAUCCAUGUUGGAACAUUAUCAUAUCACGAGUUUAAUAAUAAAGUGUUUCAAUAUUUGAGUAAAGAUAUACCACGGUCUAUGGCGCCCUGGUUGUCGGAAUUACUAGACCACUAUCCGGUGACCCUUUACGGCGGAGAAGACGAUCAUAUAGUGUCCUACGCAGGAAUAGUUGAUUUUUUAAGAAAUCACUUUAAUUUUACGGGUGAAGACGAAUACAAGUCAGCGAAGCGGUACUCAUGGAGGGUAGAUGGUGAGUUGGCAGGAUGUGUGAGGAGCGCGCGUCUUCUGAGGGACGUUUACGUGCUGAAAGCUACGCACUACGUGCCCGCAGACCAGCCGAAACGUGCCUGGGACUUGAUAACGAGACUAACUCGUGGGAAGGGUUUCGAUAAGAAAGAAAUCUGCCCAGUGUAGCUACCGUUAGCUUUUAAGAUAU